AUGCUUGAGGAACACAGUUCAUCUAGGAUUUUGUUAGUAGCCUUGUCUGAAGACAUUUGUUGGGACAUCAUGAUACGGGCUGUCCCCUCCAGAAAUGUUUCUGUGUAUAGCAUACCAGYUCCUUCCCACCCUGAGCAGGCAGCYGGGCAGGAAAGUCCACAUCUUCACUGCUGUCAGCCUUACCCAGAAGGUGUGUGUCAGAAGUAUCUUUUUCUCAAAUGGACAAGCUUGCAUUCCUGGAAAAGGUGGUUUCUAGGAGUAUUGUCUGUGAUUUCUUUAAUAGUUACAGCAAUYGUGCUGGUCCUGCAGUAUGCAUUCGCGCCACCUUUUUCUGUUAUGUAUAUUGGUGGAAGUGUAGAAAUCCCUAAUUUGACAUAUACAAACGACCUCUCUAAUCCAAAGUCACAGAAAUUCCUACAGCAAGCAGAAACAAUACAAAAUUCGUUUGCAGAGUUAUACAAGUCUUCCACUUUGGGAAAGUAUUACUUGAAGUCUGUAGUGGCUGCUUUCAGUGAAGGAGAGUCUGGACUUCGAGCUUACUACUGGGAUACAUUCAGGGCACCACAAGAUGUGGUUGAUUCUCUUAAACUAACCUCAGAGCAACAAAAAUCGAUUGCUAGUAACAAAGCCCCUCACAAGUUCAGCUCUGGAGAGGAAGAUUUUGAUUUCAUGUCAAUAGAGCUUUUCGUUUCAGAUUCCACAGAAUAUGAUGUGAUGCUAAAAUCAGCAGUAUCCUUCGACCUGUAUGCAAAGCCAGAUAGCAACAGGACUCUAACUCUGAUGAAUCUCAAGAAGUCUUUUUAUCAGUGGAGGCUGCGAGUUCCUUCUAACUAUGUGGUGAGACUGGUGGUUACUACUUUGCAUGSUAUCACUCCAGGAAGCUGUGCUUCACACCAGUUGUCAGCAUAUGAUUUCCUUCUUCCUCUGCAGAACAAGAUCAUUACAAGAUGGUGUGAGCCUGGGGCUUGGACUUCUCCUGUUGUACGUUUAACUUCAUCAAGUAAUGUAAUGUUGCUUACCUUUUCACUGGACCGAAGAGAAGCAAGGAACAUACUAAUAGCUCACUUUCAAGCCAUUCCUAAAAUCCUGUGUGGCGGGCAUUUUAUCUCCUGGAAUGGGACACUGAGUUCCCCUUAUUACCCAAGUUACUACCCACCAAACAUUGACUGCAGUUGGAUCAUCCAAGCACCGUUGCCUGGCUACAAGCUGUCCUUAAAAAUCCUCACAAUACAAAUUCAAGAGAAGUCUCCAGGGUCCAGUAAAUGUGAUAAGGACUGGUUAGAAAUUGAUGGAAUUAGAUACUGCAAAACUAUUUCAGGAAGCAACAGAAAUAAAGAAUAUGACUAUUCAGUUGCAAUCAACUUCCAUUCUGAUGAACUUGUCACCCACAGAGGGUUUUAUAUUGAAUACAAAGCUUUCAGUCACACAGACUAUUGUAAUCCAGAGCCUAACUGUGGCAAUGGGAAGUGUAAACUUCAGUUUAAGACUUGCAAAGGUGAUGACAGCUGUGGGGAGGACAGUGAUGAAAGUGAUUGUUCCUACAAAAAUUGCUCCSCUUAUGCUUACAAGUGCCUCAAUGGAAAAUGCCUGCUGAAGCCGAAUCCUGAGUGUGAUGGAAUACACGAUUGUGCAGAUGGAUCUGAUGAAACAAACUGUGCUUGUGGAAGACAGUGGUUCAAGAAAAAUAGAAUUGUUGGAGGUGAAGAAGCAAGAUCUGGAAAGUGGCCUUGGCAAGCAAGCUUACAGAUGGGAACACAUGGCCAUGUGUGUGGUGCCUCUGUUAUUUCAAACAAAUGGCUCAUAUCUGCUGCUCAUUGCUUUCUGGAUUCUGAUUCUGUAAGAUACUCUGUUCCUUCUGGAUGGAGAGCAUAUAUGGGCUUACACACCAUUAAUGAAAACAGCAAUCAUGUAGCUAUGAGAUCAGUCAAGAAGAUCAUUAUCCACCCGCAAUAUGACCGAUAUAUCUCAGAUUAUGACAUUGCAUUAUUGGAAAUGGAGACACCRGUAUUCUUCAAUGAACUGGUACAGCCCAUUUGUUUACCCAGCACCUCUAGAGUAUUUGUUUAUGGAACUGUCUGCUAUGUAACUGGCUGGGGAGCCAUAAAGGAAAACWGUCAUCUUGCCAAAACGCUGCAGGAAGCUAGAGUGAAAAUAAUUAACCAAAGUGUUUGUAACAGACUGUAUGAUGAUCUGAUCACAUCACGUAUGCUAUGUGCCGGGAAUCUUAAUGGUGGCAUUGACGCGUGCCAGGGCGAUUCUGGAGGUCCUCUGGCUUGCACAGGAAAGGGAAAUAGUUGGUACCUUGCGGGUGUCGUGAGCUGGGUUGAAGGCUGCGCUCGGCGCAGUCGCCCAGGAGUGUACACAAAGGUGAUGGCACUUUAUGACUGGAUUCGUCAGAAUGCAAACUGA